AUGGGUAAUGGGUCAACAAAAUUAAGUUUAAAAGAACUUGAUGUUGUUUCUAAAUCAACCAAUUUCUCUAAACAAGAAAUUCAAAAGUUAUAUAAAGAUUUUAAGAAAAACGAUAAAGAUCGUAAUGGUACUUUUAAUCAAAAAGAGUUUAUUAAAUUUUUUAAAUCAAAAUUACCAAAUUUUCCUGAAGAUCAACUUUUAAAUUUCUUUAAAUUAUUCGAUUUUGACAAAAGUAACUCUAUUGAUUUUAACGAGGCCUCGAUUGCACUAUCAAUUUUUGGUAAAAACCCAGUUAAAAAUAAAUUAGAAAUACUUUUUGGUGUUUAUGAUGAUCAUAGAUGUGGUUAUUUAGGAAAAAGGGAAAUUAAACAAUUGGUCACUCUAAUCGAAAAUAUUGGAAGUUGUGUUGGAAAAGAAGAUUCAAUUUUAGUUUUCCAAAACUUGGAUCAAAAUAAAAAUUACAUUAUUUCAUCAGAUCAAUGGAUAAGAGAGGGUUCAGAAAAUAAAUUAAUUCUAUGUAUAUUAGAAAAUUUUUAA